GGCAGGUGACCCGUUAUAACGGUCCACUUCGAGGGUAAGGAGGGGAGACUACUGUCUACAUUUCAACUCUGGAGAGAGAGGGGCCGCAGCACAUAUGUAGGGGGUUUCAGGAGUGACGGGUAAAGUCAAGGGAAACAGAGCGUCGAUUUCUCGACAAAUGUACAGUGUACGGUGGAAGUGUACCAGCGCCAGUUCUCUGCAAUGUUUGCUCGGCGGACGGGAAAACUGAAAUAAUUAAUAAACCAAGUUCUGCUUCCCGCGUUCACUUUGGCCAGAAGUGGAGCGGAUGAGAGCCCACUGAACAGGAGACGAACUUCAAAAAGACAACAGACGCCCACUCCCUUUACACAAGUUUGCUGAUCGUCUUGCACCGGGCACGUGCGGUUCAUGUUGGGCAAUGGCGAUGUCUGGGAGAGUCCGAGCGCUCCUGUUGUUGUUAUGGAUUUUUCAAGGUGACUCCCAGCGGGUGGAGAUGCCCAGGAGAGAGAUGGAGGUGGUGAAGGGUCAGAUGGUGGUCCUGCAGGCCUGGUACAGCCCCACAUCUGAUAUCGGCAGGAACAGUGUCAUCUGGAACUUCAUGGCCAACGACUCCAAGCAGGUCAUCUCCUACAGUAACGGUGAGCCAGGGAUAGGUAGUCCUGAGUUCAGGAAGCGUGUUGGGUUCAGCCUGUCCAUGCCCUCGGCCAAUCUCUCCAUCUACAUCAACAACACCCAGGAGUCAGACUCGGGACGAUACUUCUGCAAUGUCAUCAUCCCUGGAGCCGCCGGACUCUCUGGAGAAAUGCGCCUUAAUGUCAAAGUCCCUCCCUCGCCUCCAGUGUGCUUGAUGACUGGGUCAUCUGUGCUGAACGGCAACGUGACACUGAGCUGUAAGUCCAGCUCGGGCAAACCCAUCCCUCAGUACAAGUGGACCAAGAAUGCCCCCAUGUCAGAGGUCUUCUUUUCCCCCAUGCAGAAUGAGAGGCAAGGCACCCUCAGGCUGAGUAACCUCACUAAGAGCAUGUCAGGGAAAUAUGUGUGCCGAGCUAGCAACACUGCCGGCUCUGACACUUGCUCUAUCAACCUGGAGGUCUUCACCUCCUCUAAUGCUGGAGCGAUUGUUGCUGCUACUCUGGGGUCCAUCGUGGCACUGGUAGCCAUCAUACUCUUCCUCAUCUUCAUACUGAGGAGGAGAGACCACGAAGAGGAGGAGCUAGCCAAUGAUAUCAAGGAGGAUGCCCAGGCACCCAAGCGUGUUUCCUGGGCAAAGAGCGGCACAGGCUCAGACAUUCUCUCCAAAAAUGGCACGCUGUCCUCCAUAGCCACGAGCCCGCAUCUACGAGACCCCCAGCAGCCCAACAACUUCCGCUACCCCUACCCCACUGCUCCGGCCUCUGACACAGGCUCUGUGCUCAACGCCUACCGCCUUCGGCCUGGAGAGCCCAACCCCCUGCAGGGCCUCCCAGGGUACAUCAGUGGCACACCUCCACCCAGGCACACCAGACCCCUCUGUGUUGCAAACAACAUUGAUGCCACCUCUCCACACAGGCACAGUCGACCCCCCAGUUCGAACCACAUCAGUGGGACUCUACCCCCUGGCCUUACCCGGCCCCUCAGCACUAGUAUCAUUGUUGACACCCCUCCCCAUGGGUUCAGUCAACCCCCCAGUCCUAACCAUGUUGGUGUCACCUCUCCACAUGGGCACAGCAGACCCACUAGUUCUAACAACAUUGGUACCCCCUCCCCAUAUGGGAACAGUCAACCCCCAAGUUCUAACAAUAUCGGUGCCCCCUCUCCCCAUGGGCACAGCAGACCACCAAGCUCGAACCACAUUGGCGGUAGCGCUCCACACAGGCACAGUCGACCUCCCAGUUCCAAGCACAGUCGACCCCCUAGUUCUAACCACAGCCGACCUCCCAGCAUCAGUAGCAUACCUCACUAUGGACACAGCAGAACCUCUAGUUCCAACGGUGCCCCACCCGGUCACAUGGUCACAGACCCCGACAAGACUGAGAGGGCCCAGCCUCAGGUGCCACGCCCUCUCACCUCGCCAAUCAGCUCCACCACCCUGGCCCGUAUAGGUGCUGUGCCCGUCAUGGUGCCCGCUCAGAGCCAGGCUGGAUCACUGGUAUAGCCCACUGGAGUGUCUCACGUUUUACUUUUGAACACAAACUGAAGCAAAUGGAUAAAGACUUCCUCAAAGGCUAUAGAGAGAAGGAUUUGCUACAAAUUAAAAUCACUUUUUUUAUUGCAGUUGUUCAAAGUAGAAUGAAGAACUCAUGCUAAAGAAGACAAAUGAGAAAAUAUGACACUUGUGGAAUCUACACUAUUCAAGUCUGCACAAGUUAAGACUUGUUUUAUUAUUUUUGUUGUUUUCAAAUGCCAUGAUCAGAUUCUUUAAGGUUAAAACAAGGCCUAUUCUCAAAAAAAAUAUUUGUGAACAAGUUGUUUGUGAAUCCAUAUAUUUGACAGUUUUGACCUAGUCGUGGCCAAAAGUUUUGAGAAUGACCCAAAUAUUAAUUUCCACAAAGUUUGCUGCGUCAGUGUCUUUAGAUA